AAUCCUCAGGAUGUGCUGUUAUGUCACGUGCGUAGCAACUGUUUGUUCAGUGAUUAGCUCACUGAGUAAUCCCAGUACCAGGCACUGGACUUGUGAUGGAGACUCAGAAAACAUUUCUCACUAAAGAAAUGAAAUGCUACAUGUGGGCAUAAAUAAUGUCUCACAUGGACUGAUAGACCUGUACUUCUGGGAUGCCCUCCUUCACCUUUGCCUUCUGAGGAGAGGGGCGAACAGGGAAGAAGACCAAGCGCAUGGACUGGAGAGGGGAAGGGAACGCUCAGAAAACAGAGCCACACGUGCUGCGGGAGCAACAAGUCAUCCUCGAGGACGCAGGCGAGGAUGGCAUCUCUGAAAGCUUCCAGCUUCUACAGAUUGACGUGGAAUGUGAGCGUCAGGAGAAGGAGACCCGGCCCACAGACGGCGCCGUGUGGUGCUCGAAAAAUGUCCAAAGAAAACAGAGACACUGGGAGAAGAUAAUUGCAGCGAAGAAGAGCAAAAGAAAACAAGAAAAAGAAAGAAGAAAAGCCAACCGUGUAGAAAAUUCAGGCAUCUGCCCCCAGCACAGCAAACGUUAUCUGAGAUCCUUAACCAAGGAGAAACUUUUGGAAGCCAAGCACUCAGGACCAAGACUCUGCAUCGAUUUGAGUAUGACCCACCACAUGUCUAAGAAGGAACUAAGCAGGCUGGCCGGGCAGAUCCGGAGGCUGUAUGGUUCGAACAGGAAAGCAGACAGGCCCUUCUGGAUCUGCCUCACGGGGUUCGCGACAGGCAGCCCCCUGUAUGAAGAGUGUUUGCGGAUGAAUGACGGCUUUUCUAGUUACCUGCUAGACAUGACAGAAGAAGACUGCUUUAGUAUAUUCCCCCUGGAGACCCUUGUGUACCUGACUCCAGACUCAGAACAUGCUCUUGAAGAUGUUGAUCUAAACAAAGUUUACAUCCUCGGCGGACUUGUGGAUGAAAGCAUUCAGAAGAAGGUGACAUUUCAAAAGGCCCGAGAACACUCUGUCAAAACAGCCCGCUUGCCGAUCCAGGAAUACAUGGUCAGACGCCAGAAUGGGAAAAACUAUCACUCAGAGAUACUGACCAUCAACCAAGUUUUUGAUGUCCUGUCCACUUACUUCGAGACUCAAAACUGGCCUGAAGCGUUGAAGAAAGGAGUUUCUUCCAGAAAAGGCUAUGCUCUUCGGGACUCAGUGGAGUGACAGACAGCCCACGACUGCAGCUGCAGGAGGCGGAGUUGCUGGAGGGGCCCAGACCAAAGAGCAGGGCAGACGGCACUGGUGGCACACACUGCCUUCACUUGGCAUCUUGGGUCUGGAGGAGAAUAUAGGCUACUAAUGGCAGGGACCACAUCUGAUGCUCUUUAGUAUCUCAUUCAGUGCCCGGGUCACAGGAGGUUCCCACUCUGUCUUGACUCAAGUCAAAAGUUUACAUAAGAGCCCUGACCCGUGUGGCUCAGUUGGUUGGGUGUCAUCCCACAAAGCUUAAGGUGGCCAGCUGGAUACAGGGUCAGGGCACAGGCCUGGGUUACGGGGUCGAUCCCCAGUCGGGGUUUGCACGAGAGGCAACCGACCGAUGUUUUUUCUCUCUCUCUUCCUCCCUUCCCCUCUCUCUAAAAAAAGAAAUAAAAUCUUUUUUAAAAAUUAUUACAUAACAAAGAAUUAGCCCUUAAACUACCUGGCUUUUGAUGUGUUCAUUCAUUUUUGUACAUCUAUUUGUGUACUCUUAAGAGAUAGCUUAAAUAAUAUUGUGAUAUCAAGACGUUUAAUUUUCACUAAACUAGCAUCGUGAAGCUGUACGACUUUGUCCAAGCCCCUCUCAUCAUGCAGUUUCCCACUCAGUCACCUGCUGU